CAGAGGAACUCGAUUGGUCUGUGGCAUCCUGAACCGAUCCAGCCCCCCGCCACCAGUAGGACAAUCCUCUCACCCUCCUUCGCUGGACCCAGCUUGUCCAGCAGCAUCUCAGGAAGCAGUACCAAAGAAGAAGCAGUGUCGCAGCCAUGGACAGUGUGGCGAUAUUUGACUCACCUGGAAAGGGGAGGGGCCUGAAGGCCAACAAGGAGUUUUGGGCUGGAGAUGUCAUUUUUUCUGAACUCAGUCUGGCAGCUGUUGUCUUUGACAGCCUUGCAGAGCGUAUUUGCCACAGCUGUUUCCGCAGACAAGACAAACUCCAGAGAUGCGGCCAGUGCAAGUUUGCUCACUAUUGCGACCGCACCUGUCAGAGGGCCGGCUGGGCCGAACACAAGCAAGAAUGCGCUGCCAUCAAAACCUACGGCAAAGCGCCCAAUGAGAACAUUCGCUUGGUGGCACGCAUCAUGUGGCGUUUGGACAAGGAUGGCAGCGUGGUGUCAGACAUGCAGCUGACCACGCUGGACGAGCUGGAGGACCACAUUGAGGACAUGCAGGAGGACGAGCUGAAGGAGUUCAAAGUGGACAUUCACAACUUCCUAGACUACUGGCCUCGGAACAGCAAACAGCACACCAGUGACGUCAUCUCACACGUCUUCGGACUGAUUAACUGCAACGGCUUCACGGUUAGCGACCAGCGGGGUCUUCAGGCCGUAGGGGUGGGCCUGUUCCCUAAUCUGUGUCUUGUUAAUCAUGACUGCUGGCCCAACUGCACUGUCAUUCUCAACCACGGCAAUCAAUCAGCUGUGAAUACUAUUUUUCAUUCUCAACGUAGGAUUGAACUGCGUUCGUUGGGUAAAAUCGCAGAGGGCGAGGAGCUGACUGUCUCCUAUGUGGACUUCAUAAACCUGUCGGAGGAGAGACAGAGACUGCUAAAGACGCAGUACUUCUUCGACUGCACGUGCCAACACUGCAAGAGCCGCAUCAAAGACGACCUCAAGAUGGGAGGGAGGGAGCAGGAAGACGUCAAGCCUUCAGAGGAACAAGUGAAAGAGGCAACUGAUUAUUGCUUUCAAAUGCUGGACAAGAUGGACGAGGCCCGAUUAAAGGGAGACUACCACGAGGUGGUGAAAAUUUGCAGAACGUGCAUAGAGAAAACAGAACCCGUUCUUGCAGACACUCACAUCUACCUGCUGAGGAUGUGGAGCACCAUGAGUGAAGUGCAGGCCUACCUGCAGUACUUUGAAGAUGCCGCAGACUACGCACGGAAAAUGGUGGAUGGUUACAUGAAGCUGUACCACCCAAACAACCCCACUCUCGGGAUGGCUGCCAUGCGAGCAGGAGUCACCCACUGGCAAGCCGGACUGAUCGAGGUUGGCCACGGGAUGAUAUGCAAGGCCUAUGCUAUUCUCAUGAUCACACACGGCCCCAUGCAUCCCAUCACCAAGGACUUGGAGUCCAUGCGCAUGCAGACAGAGAUGGAGCUGAGGAUGUUCAAGCAGAAUGAGUAUGUUUACCACAGCAUGAGAGAAGCAGCCUUGAAGAACAGACCCAUGACCAUGAUGCACGAACCCAAGUCAGUAGAAGACGGAAUCAAGAAUCUCUUCCAUCGGAGAAAGUGAUACAAAAAAAUAAAUAA